CACCGCUGAUAGGAAACAUUAGGCUAAUUGCUUAUAAUCCAACAAUAAGAUUGUUUUCAUUUCGUUAGUAUUGUUUACCAUUUAUGAUUACAAAGUGUACAUAUGCAGAAUAUACAUAAUUUUUCUCCGAACUGGUCACAACGUCUUCGAGACCUACAAAUAUUAACUAAAAAUGAUUAAGUUCUGGAAAAGCGCAGAUAAAGGUAAAUCUGGUUGUCCCGUAAGACCACCCGAGCCUAGCACUAGUUCAAAUAAGAUUAAUAAUAAAACUCUCUUGGAUACGCAGUUAGAUGAUGUCGAAGAUGAGGUGCACAUAUUUGAGAAGAAAUCAAAAUUAUGUUUAAGCUUGCAUGAUAUACUCAUUGAAAAGAAAUCAAUUAAAUAUUUCAUUCAGUUUAUGGAAUCAAUAGAUAAAUAUUUGCCUGUCAAAUGCUGGCUAGAAAUGGAAAAUUUCAAAAAACUCUUAUUAAAUACAAAUUAUACUGAUAAGUUUGACAGCCAUGUAAAAAUUAGUCGGACUAAAAGUUAUGAUUUUCAGUGUAAAUGUGAUGAAAUGGUUGAGAAAAAUAUUACACAAAAAAAUAUGUUAAGAGAUAAGAUUGGCAAUAAAUUAAGUGGAACAAGUGAUUUAAGAAAAUUUAAUAGUUCAUCAAGUUCAUGCAUGAACUUAACUGAAACUAACACAAUACUGGACAGUUGUAGUGAAUGUGGUGUCAACAACAAAUCUAAUAUAACAGAGAUAGCUAUUGAUAUAUUCAAGAAGUAUGUGGCACAAGAAGCACCUUUUACAUUAGACCUGCCUGAUAGCUAUAGAAAAUCUGUUAUAUCUAAUAUAUGUCACCCUGAAGGUGUUAUAAAAGAAGAUUGCUUUAAACCAGUGCAGGAUAUUAUUUUCAAUGAAAUUGAGAAUAAUUAUUUUAAGGAUUUUAUAAGUAGUCCAUUUUAUAUUAAAGCACAAAUUGAUAUUCUCACAAAUGGCUCUCUCAACUUGAAAGACAUUCUUUAUAAUGAUACAUUGUUAUUCUAUUAUACAGAAUUUCUAGAACAAGAGUCAUGUAGACAUCUAUUGGAAUUCUUAAUGGCUGUAAUGCAUUUCAGAGACAAUUUGACUGAUGGAAAUCCUUGUCAGCCUGAUCAAGUUCAAGCAGAUGCAAUAAUUCUUUAUGAUAAAUAUUUUUCACUUCAGGCUACAAGUCCUAUUGGAUUCCCUCAAUAUAUAAGAUUAAAAAUAGAAAGUGACAUUUGUAUAGAAGAUGGUCCUCACCAUACUUGUUUUGAUUUACCAUACAGAAUUGUCUUUAAAACAUUAUCUCGAUACGUCAAGACUUUUUUAGAUUCAGAGUUAUAUUACAAGUACCUUUCCGAGAUGAUACAUUCUGUGGAUCAAAUUUGGUCAUCAAAUAAUAGAUCUCAGUCAGAUUGCAGCAGUGAGUUCAGUAUAAGCACUCAAAAUACACUAUUAGCCAUGGGAGACCCCGUGUUCCGUAAAAAGAAACGAAACCAUUCUGUACCUGACAUGACAAUAGACUCCAAUCAGCUUUACAAUGCUGAUGCUUUAUGGCAAAGAAAAAAGAAUGAUGGUUUGACUCUAGGAAGAGUUAACAGUCUAGGUAGAUUUGAAUCAAAGUUUGAACCUGAUCCCGACAAGAAAGAUAAGUCUGUAUUAAAGAAAAUGGUGAGCAGAUUUGUUCCAUCAGUUACAUCAAAAGUGGAAGAGGAGAUGGCCUGGCAAAUAGCUCACAUGAUUGUCAAAGACGUAACAGACUUGACUAUGGCCCCACCGGAAAAUGAGUAAGAUGAUGUAUAAUUGUAUGAUAGUUUAUAUUUUUUAUGUUAUAAAAGAUCUGAUAUAUUGUAUAAAUACCUAUUAAUAAAAUGUAAAAACUUUUCAGUAUUAUAUAUUUUUACUAACCAAUUAUCAUGUUAAUAUUAUUAAGUUUUAAUUAGCAAUGUAAACAAUACUGUGAUAUUGUUCGGUUAUCUUAAUCACUAUAGUGAUAACAAAAAUAUAUUUUCUUAUAUAGAUAGGGAAAUAAAACAACACUUUUGUAUAAAAUAAAUUCUUCAAAAAUACCCUGGAUGUUUUAACUUGAUAUGAAUAGGACAUGCAAGCAGCUAAAUAUGUGCAGGCAGGUUUUAGGGGCUGUCCAUUAAUCAUGUGAUAUUUUUUCAGCAUUAUUAACCUACCUUCCUUCACCAACAGGUGACAUAUGGUGAAGACUACCCCAAAAAUCACGUGUAUUUUUAGUACCUACAAAAAAAUCUUAAUUUAUGACACAGCUUUUCCGUUUAGUAAUCGCGCGUAUGAGGAAAAAAUAAAUACACGUGAUAUAUUACUAUUUCACGAACCCCUUCCCCCCUUUCGAGCCUCACAUGAUUAAUGGACAGACCCCUUACAUAUUUAAUCGAAAUCUGACCCAUAUAUUUGUAAUAUGCUUGCAAGAAUUUCAAUAUUCUUUUAUUAUUUUAAAAUAAAUAUUUUUAAGUAAUAUAUAAGUUCAAAUGUGAAAAUUUACUAAACUUCACUGACAACCACUUCUUUUUUCACAAAAUACUAUACAUUCUCAAAAUAAUAUCAUAUGACAUUGUGGAUUCCUACAGGGAUAUCUCUAGGAUUCCAUUUAGUCUCUGCCAGCAGAUUUUAUGUCAAGCUUUGAAUGUUCAACAUUGGAGAUAACUUAAACCUAAUAAUAAUAUGAUGUCCACAUGCAUCAUAAUUUGUUCACAUAAUGCAAUAAAUGGAUACACACAUUGCUUCAUAAUGUAGCAUGGUUAUUAAUACUAGGCGGAAUCGAAGAUAAUUGCAAUCUCGGUGGUUCAGAUCCCAAGAGUGGCGACAGCUCGUCGUAAAAAUUGAAAUCUUUAUUGGAUUGUCCAAAUACACUUUGGACUAGGCUACGAUUAUGGAAGUUCCAUUUCCGGUAAACAAAUGCAUUUAAUAGUGCUUGCAUUGGGUUCAUCAGAGCCUGUAAAUAUAAAAUAUAUCUAUAAUAUGACUUUUUUAAUAAUAAAGACGAAAGAGGUAAAGAUAAAUUUUCUGUCGUUUUGUAACGUUGUCUUAAUACUUACCAUAAUGUACCAUAUGGCAAUAAUAACAUUUACGGGCAUAUUGAACCACAUUGUCCAUAAAAGUAUACCAUUUAUAAGAUUUGGUAACCAACAAAUAUAGAAGACAACAUUGAUGAAUAAAAAUUUCAGUCUUAAUGCAUCAACAACUCUUCGUUCCUUACUUGUGAACUGCAAUAUUAAAAAUAAAAAAGAUUAGAACAUAAAACAUGAUCUAUUGCAUGUACCUAGCUAUUUACU